AUGUCCUCCGAAUCAUCGCCACCUUCACCCUCCAAGGACUUCGACAUCAAAGUACCUUUAGAGGCCCUCGACACCACCGAGCCACCAGAAUCCCCCGAGUCCUCAAUAUCCGAUUCUGACGACCUCUCUCGCUCGGCCGAGGACACCGCCGAAGCGCCCGCGCCCGAAGACCCGAAAGUCGCGUCGCCCACGAGCUACGAACAAGCGAUCGUCUGGUACGCCGGGCUCCUGCGCGAGAUCUCGCCCUUCGACGAGGCCACAUGGGACUACGACGUCGAUCUGGACGAGCUGACAAAGUCGGACCGGUAUGCGCUUCCGAUCGAAGUCGGGGACGAGGUCUAUGAGGAGAUGAAGGAGCGCGUGGAGAUGCUGCCUAUCGAGCAGGUCGAGAAGGAGGCGGCGGAGGGCGACAUGUGGAUGCAGGUCGAGCUGGCCGUACGAUUGGUAUGCGGCCUGACAAUCGAAAGCGACAGCGCGCGCGCCGAAAAGAUCCUCAAAGCGAUCUGCAAACUGGACAACGACGCGCCCUCGACGAUCCAUACCCGCGCCGCCGCCGAGCGCUUCGACGCGUGGCUCGACUCCUUCAUGUUCUACUCCGCAACACGCGACACAGACGAACCGUGCUACGAAGCGCUGUACUGCGCCGGCCGGCGCUGCGCCCGCGCGCUCUGGGUCGAGACCGUCCCGCCCAAAUCCAAACCCUCUCUCAUACCCUCCCCCAUCGCGCCUAUCGACUUGAGAGUCGCGGAUGCGCUGUAUAGGCAUGUCGAGCAGGGGGACUUUGAGGGGAAGAAGUUGGAUCCGACUGCUGAUGAGAAGUUUGAGAAGUUGAGGUUGGCCUGGUUGGAUUAUACUGUGCGGAGGUAUGUGCUGUUGAGGUAUGGGCCGCGGGCGAAGAUAUGUGCGCAUGGGCCUUGUGGGUCACGCGGGACGGAGGAGCAGCCGUUGUUCAGGUGUGAGGGGAAGUGUUUGCCGGGUUGGAAACCGUUGUAUUGCUCGAAGGAGUGUCAGGAGAAGGAAGCGAGGCAGCAUAGAAAGUUCUGCAACGAUACUGUUCUGUCCAGGAUGCCCGAGAAGACGCUCAUCAGAAGCUUAUACAGCACGUCGCAAAUGAGACGGCACGUAGGCAAACCCUUGGAGGUAGAGCAUAAGAUCGAACGUACUAUAUGGGUGGGCCUCGCUCGCCGUGCACUAGGCGUAGAGGACUCUGAACCGGAAGACUCAUAA